ACAGAGUUGAUGACAGAGAAAUGGAGAUAAACAUGGAGGUGAGGAAUGAGACAACAAUCCAAGAAUUCAUUCUGGAAGGGUUUCCUGCCAUCCAGUACCUGGGGAACAUCUUCUUCCUGAUGCAUCUGCUGGCAUAUCUGGCCUCUAUCACAGGAAAUAUGGUGAUCAUCAUUAUCACUUGGGCUGACCAUCGCCUCCAGACACCAAUGUAUAUUUUACUCAGCACUUUCUCCUUCUCUGAAUGCUGUUUUAUUACCACAGUUAUUCCUAAACUGCUGUCCAUCUUUCUUUCAGGAAGGCAAACAAUUUCCUUUACUUCUUGUCUCACACAAGCCUUUUCUUUUCUGUUUUUUGGGUCAAUAAUUUUUUUCCUGAUGGCUGUGAUGUCCUUGGAUCGAUACCUGGCCAUUUGCAAACCUCUGCACUACCCGGCCAUCAUGAACCUGAGGGUUAGUUUCCUUCUGGCUUUCUUCUGCAAUGCUUUGUCCUUCAUCUUGAUCACUGGUCUGGUGUUUGAGGUUUCUCAGUUAUCCUUCUGUGGCCCCAAUGUCAUCUCUCAUUUCUUUUGUGACCUCGGCUUCCUGAUUCAUCUCUCUUGUUCUGACACUGGGUCUGUUGAAAUAUAUGUCUUCUUCCUUGCUCUGCUUGUCAUUCUGAUAUCUCUCAUUUUAACCAUCAUUGCAUACAGCAAUAUAGUAGUCACAGUUGUGCGACUUCCGUCAGCCAAGGAGCGACAGAAAGCUUUCUCCACCUGCUCCUCUCACCUCAUCGUCCUCUCUCUGAUGUACGGCAGCUGUGUCUUUAUAUACGUGAAACCAAAGCAAACAAAUAGGCUGGACUCCAACAGGGAGGCUGCCCUUGUGAACACAGUGGUGACCCCACUGUUGAACCCUGUCAUCUACACUCUGCGGAACAAGCAGGUCCACCAGGCUCUGAGGGAUGCUCUGUCCAGGGUGAGGUUGCAGAAACAGAGCUUUGGAGGCCCACAGCAAGCUCUCGAUUUCUUGGAAGAUAAUAGUUGCAAGAGGAGGAAGUCCUGCCUGCCAUGAGGUGACUCCUAUGUGUGACUGGCCUCAGGGACCGUGGUGAUUUGUGGACUUACUGGGGACAACUGGAACAGAAGCAGAAGCUCCUUCAGGCUGGGGGUGAGCACUUCGGUUUCACAAGCAGCACUUUAGGGGAUCUGGCCCACAGUGGGUUAGUGAGAGUGACACAUUCCACACUCCCAGUGUUUAGCCUAUUUUUGAGAUACUAGAGCCAAACACCAUCUUAAGAAAAGUCAUUGAUUGAGAGGACUGAAGAGAGAAGAAUGUUCACUGAGUUUCAUGGAAAAGUCAGUGUAUGUGUGCCAGGUUCCCAGAAUAUCCUCUUAAGUAGGUUAAUCCUGUGACCUACUGUCAGUCCCACCGCCCUCACAGGCCAGCA